UGGAUAAUUUGGGAUGAAGGUUUAAUAGACAAGAACCUUAUAAAAGAAGUGUGUGGCGACUUUCUGUAGCUUUUCGCAAGUCUGCAGUCAGAUUUACUGUUGCUAUAUCUGAAUCAGAUAUUCCAAGCUCCAAAACAAAAUUUUUUCAGUUUUGAAAUUACGUUUAAGAUGCCUCGUCCUUUGUUUUACCGAAAUGGUUGCUGGGACCCUCUUCAGGAGAGAAACCUUUUCAACCAAAACACUGACCUCCCCUGUUUCCUUGAACCAGAUGAGGUUAGCUGGAUAGAUUCAGCCAGGAAAAGAUUAGGGACCUCGACCUGGCCAGGAUCUGUGCGUUUACCUCUCUUCAGCUCUUUGUGCAUGGAGAUUCCUCCUAAAUCAUGUAUUGGACCUGAGAGAUGGGUUUCUGAAUCUGUGUGUGUACAAAUGAAAGGACCGCAAAACUGGAAAGUCUGUCUAGAUGUCAGUCCAUUUUCUCCAAAGGAGAUAAGCAUCAAAACCAAGGAGGGGUAUUUGGAGAUAACAGGUAAUCAUGAGGAAAGGCAGGAAAAUCACAGAUUGAUCUCAAGAAGCUUUACAAGAAAAUACAAGCUUCCAGCUGACUUAGACGUAAAACUAAUCAGCUCCAUGCUGUCUCCAGAUGGUAUUCUCUCAGUUGAGGUCCCAUUACCUGGCUCUAAUAUCAGUCUCCCUGGAGAGAUUGUCAUCCCUGUUCACAUGAUGGACAAACAGUUCCCUGCAAAGUAAUGUAUAGAAGAGAAUGCAAGAGAAUAUUUAUCAUAUUUUGAAGCAUUACUAAAUGACAAAUGUUACCGUUCAGACAGUAAUAUGCUAAAUAGUUAAGCUCUGCUGUUACUUUGGUUUAAAUUAUGCCAUUAUGUAAUACAUAAUUUGUGCUUUAUAUGUUUAAUAAUUUGGUUGCACUUUAGAGUAUGUGCACUUACAUGCACUUACAGUGUACUUACCUAAGAAAGUACAGGUUAAUAUAAGGUAACUUCAUGGUUUAAGGUUAUUUUUUCAGGGGGUAGGUUCAGGGUUAGUACCUAGUAAUUACCCAGUUAUUGUAUUACUACAAGUGCAUAGUAUGUACAUGGGGAACAUGACUGUAAAAUAAAGUGCUACCAAGAAUUCUUCUAAGAUGAUCAAUCGAAACCAGUAAGUACUGACGGACUAAAGAGAGAUCAGAUUUUCCAGUUCACUCUUUUCAGGAUAGAAUAAAAAUGUUCGGGAAGGGCUUCAUACUGGGGCUGGUGUCAUGCCAAGAGAGACAGUUUUAAUAAAUGUGUAACAAUAAAACAAUACAAUCAUGUAAAUGUAUUUAACAAGA